AUGGCGAGCGGCGGGCGGCGGGCGGGCGGCUCGGCGGCGGGCGGCGGGCGGGGGGAGGGGGCUGUAGGCCCGGAACGGCCGGCGCGAGGCGAGCGAGGGCCGCGGGGGCGAGCGGGCGCGGGCGGGAGGCCGCGGCGUCGUCCGGGGGCGGGCGGCGGCGGCGGCGGGGGCGAGCGGGGCCGGGAGCGGCGGGCGGGCGGGUGGGCGAGGGCGCGGCGGUGGCGACUCCGGCGGCAGCCUCGGCGGUCUGGGCGGGGCGGGAAGCCCGCUUUCAACCCCGCGUACCCUCUGACCCCGGAAGUCACGAGGUUGCGCCGCCCGCCGCGCGCCCGCGCUCAAGCCCGCCCCCCCGGGCCGCCGCGCGCUGCCGGGAGGGCCCCGGCCGGCGGGCGGGCGGGCGGGCGCCGCGAGCCCGGCGAGCCCGGCGAGCCCGGCGAGGCCUCCAGGCCGACAUGCGUGCGGCGGGCGCGGGCGGCGCCGGCGCGCGCCGGGACGGGGUCAGUGUGGGGAACGGGGGCGACACGUCACUUUCCCGCCUCGGGACGGGCGUCGGGGAGCGGAGCGACACGGGCAGCCCCGGCGGCCACUGCAGGCGGCAGCCGGGACGCCGCGGGUUUAAAACGUGCGCGUGAGGCGGCCAGCGCGCCUGCGCCAGGGUGUGGGGCGGCGGGCGGGGCGGCCGCGCUCUUCCGGGGGGGAGGGGCGGCCGGGCGAGGCCUGCGGCGCGGGUGCGCGCGCGCGGGCGGGCACGUGGGGCCUCGGUCUCCGCAGCGCGGGCGCCCCCGCCCCUCCCCCCGCGCCCGCGAGCGGCCGCGGAGGGCCCCGCCGACCCCCGCCCGAGGGUUCUGGGGAGUUGUGGAAACACGGCCGGGAGCGGGGAGGGGGCAGGGAAGGAAAAGAAGAAGAAGAAAAAAAAAAAAAAAAAAAAACGACCGCCGGAAUGGCGUCCAUUUACAUAAUGCUUUGUUUGCAUUUUGCAAGUUCCUUGCGGCCGAGCCUGCGGGAACCCCGCCUCCCGGGGUCCCUCCUGUCGUGGCGGCCUCGUCAGGCCCUGAAGACAAUGGCCGCACGUGCGGCCGCGCCGGGCGGUGCGGAGGGCCCUGCCCGCGACGCUCCCCUCGGGGCGGCCCCCGCCGGGCCCGCCAUCUUGGAAGGCCUUCCCCGCCGGCUCGCUCGCGCGCGUCCCUCUCGCUGAGGGAAGGCGGCGCGGCGGCCCGUGUGCGUUCGCCGCCGUCCCCCCGCCGCUGCCUCGGCCGAGCCGGGCCGGGCGGCGCCCAGCAGACGGAGCCCCCGAGGCCGAGACCGAGGGCCGGAGCGCAGGCCGCCGCCGCCAACGCCGCCAACGCCGCCAACGCCGCCAACGCCGCCAACGCCAACGCCGCCGCCGCGGGAGCACGUGCGCGGCCUCGGUCGCCGGGCCGGCGGCGAGACCGGGAGCGCGGCCCGGACGCCGAGACCUGCACUAUCUUGUAGAUAUUUGUGUGAAUUCUACACCACCCAUUUUACAGAUGAAGCCACUGAGAUACAGAACAAUUGACUAAGUAGUCGCUGCCCCACCUCUGGAGUCUCAUGCAUGACUCUCCUUCUCCCAUUUGAAUGACUGCGUGUUAGUUAAGGAUUUUAAUGAGGUUGUGAAGGUGAUCUCAACCUUUCUGACAGCUCCACUUAACCAUCUACAUGUAGUUGAAACCCAGAUCUUUCUCCAGAACACAAUAUCCAGCUGCUCAUGUGGACAACAUCACAAGGAUGUCUGACAUACUCGCCAUCUUGCAGCCUUCUGCUCUUCCCCAUUUGCUCCUCGUCCAGUGUCCUGUCACAUGGUGAAAAGCGGUCUUGUCACUAUAAUGUGGUAGUUGAGCAGGUGACUCUGAUAGAUGUGAUGUGAUAUGGUAUGUGACUCUGGAGCCAGUUUGCUGGGGCCUGAAUUCUGAUGCAGCCACUUACUGUGUGACCUUGGGUAUGUCAUUUAAUUUCUCUCUCAGUUUCAUCUUUGAUAAGGUAAGCAUAAUGAUAGCACCUGUUUCUGGAAGAAUAAGUCAGUUAAUCUAAGUAAAAUGCUUCAAAUAGUAAUGGAAUGUCACUCAAUAAGUAUAAUUUAAUUAGUAUUUCUUUUUUUUUUUUAAGAUUUUAUUUAUUCAUGAGAGACACAGAGAGAGAGAGGCAGAGGCGCACAGGCAGAGGGAGAAGUAGGCUCCAUGCAGGGAGCCGACGUGGGACUCGAUCCCGGGACUCCAGGAUCACACCCUGGGCCAAAGGCAGGCGCUAAACCGCUGAGCCACCCAGGGAUCCCUAUAUUUCUUUUUUAUUUUUUUAUUUUUUAUAUAUUUUUUAUAUUUUUAUUUAGUUAUUCAUGAGAGACACAGAGAGAGACAGAGACACAGGCAGAGGGAGAAGCAGGCUUCAUGCAGGGAGCCUGACGUGGGAUUCAAUCCCAGGACUCCAGGAUCACGCCCUGGGCCAAAGGUAGGCGCCAAACCGAUGAUCCGCCCAGGGAUCCCUAUAUUUCUUUUUUAUAUUAAAGAUUCAAUAUCUUCUCAAAUGUAUGUUGGACAUUUAUAUAUUUUUUGAGUCACUUAUGUCUUUUGCAUGUUUUCCCAGUAAUAUUUUCUUAAUAAUUUGUAAGAGCUGAAGUGUUGACUAUUAUAUGUAAUGCAGAAUUGCUCUUAGUUUGUCAUUUUUGUCUUUUGACUGUAUUUAUGCAAUUUUUUUUUUCUCUUGGAAAGUUUUGUAUUUUUAGGUAGUCAAAAUAAUCUUUUUUCUUAUAGUUUUUCCUGCUGCUAGGCCAGUGUUUAGAAAAGGCAUGCCCCGGUGGCACAGCGGUUUAGCACCGCCUGCAGCCUGGGGUGUGAUCCUGGGGACCCUGGAUCGGGUCCCACGUCGGGCUCCCUGCUUGGAGCCUGCUUCUGCCUCUGCCCCUCUCUUUUUCUCUCUCUGUUUCUAUGAAUAAAUAAAUAAAAUCUUAAAAAAAAAAAAAAGAAAAGAAAAGGCAUGCUUCCCUACCUCUAAAUUAUAAAAAAUAGUUAUUCAUUUUCUUUGAGUACUUGGUGUGUGUGUGUUUAAAUCUUUAAGUCUUGGAUCCAUCUGGAAUUUAUUUUGAUACAAGGAUAGCAGUUGAGAUCUGGCUCUAUUUCUUUUCAGUUGGGUACUGUCCUAGACCUAUUUAUUCAAGAGGAAAGAGCAGGAGCCUUCAAUCUUUUUUCCCCUCCUCUAAUUUGAAACUCUUUUAAGAACUCUUGACUCAAGAUAGAGGGAGCGGAAUUUCUACAUAACAGAGCAUUCUUAUGUCCCAUGGCAGCUGUCAUCUGCCAAAGACAUGGAAGAAGGGGAGCUGACUCUUCCGUGGCAUGUAUUAUGUGCCCGUCCACCCAGAACCUAUGAAUGUGAUCUUACUUGGAAAUAGGAUUCUUGUCGAUGUAAUCAAGUUAAGAUGAAGUCAUAGUAGAUUAGGAUGGGCCCUAAUCCAGUGACUGAUGUUCUUAUAUGAAGAGGGAGAUACACAGAGGGAAGACAUCCAUAUGAAGAUGGGAGCAGAAAUCGGAAUCGUGCUGCCACAAACCAAGGAAUGUCAAGAAUUACUGGCAACCGCCAGAGCUGGAAGAGGCAAAGAAAGAUUCUCCCCUGGAGCCUUCACAUGGAGCAUGGCCUUGCUGAAACCUUGAUUUUGGACUUCUAGCCUCUAGAACUGUAAGGAAGCAGGCCUAGAGAGGUCAGACCCUUUGAGAUGUCUCUAGGCCACUGCUCUGUGGGCAGGGCACUUACUCUGAAGUUCCUGAUGUUGCUGUUGUCAGCUCUGCACCUUCCAUGCCGUCACACCUCUGUUACUGCUGGUGCUCAGUUGCUGGAAUGGCUCCUUCUCUAACACAGCAGGCUGCAGCGUUUCCCCCUUCUUACCCACUUCACACCCUGAAUCAGAAACUCCUCUCAGAGGCUCUGGCUGUAGACUGAUUAUUUCAGCAGGAUACUUCGUGGCCCCACUUCUCCAGCCUCAGGAUGUCACCUGUAGCUCACAUAGCACAUAUCACAGUUCAUGGCUGUGAGCAGAGCAGGAGGAGCAUCAUGACUGCAUUGGUUCUGAGGGCCCUGGUCACCUGGCCUCUUCUCUACCAAAGUCUGUCCAGUUCCAAAGCCCAAGCUCUUCUGUCUCUGACGAGAUUAGGGAAAGAAGAGGAGAUGGAGAGAUGACAUCUUUCUCUACCUCACAGUUUUACUUGUUGAGACGUGUUUAGCCAGAGCAUCCUGUUUAUAGAAUGCUAGGUUCUAUAUAUAGAGAUGCUGCAACAACAUAUGUGGGAAGGAUACCAAUUGGCUGUAGGGGAGAAUUUUUAAAAAGCCUUUGUUCUUUACCUCUAGGCUGUCAUUGCAGUGUAAUCCACAAGUGUCAAAACAUAUUGGUAACUCUGGUUUACUGCUCAAGAGACCCUUUGGAGAUUUUAUUCUCCAAAUAAAAUUUGUUGAUGUGUCCCAAAGAGUAAGGCAUGAUAGGGGCAGAGGUGAGGGUGUGGUGUGCUCUUACUGUGUGUACUGGAGCUGGUGACACCUGUUAUGUGACUAUUACAGUGGAUUAUUACUGAGUAAACAAGAGGUGUCUCUCCUUUGCCUUUCUAGGGGAGACCAGAUGGCACUGUGUGCUGGCCCAGGGCCAGGGGAGCCUAGCCUCUGGGCUGGCAGAGGAGAUAGCUUGAGUGUGUCAGGUGAUGGAAUAAGAAGAGCCAAGGCUGGACUAUCAAGUGGUGUAAUUUCAGGGGCACCCAGAAUGUGCCUGCCCCUCAAAGACUUGUGUCGGCUCUUUGCUAGUGGUUGGAAUUCUACAAGUGAAAUUUAUUUCCCUUGACUUAAGCCUUCGAGACCCUAUUAAAAAUGAAGAGACUCCAGGAAGGGUUUUUUUUUUUUUUUAAAUCAAGUUAAAUUUAAUUUUGGGCAGCCCCGGUGGCUCAGCAGUUUAGCGCCGCCUUUGGCCUGGGGGUGUGAUCCUGGGGACCUAGGAUCGGGUCCCACGUUGGGCUCCCUGCAUGGAGCCUGCUUCUCCCUCUGCCUGCGUCUCUUUCUCUCUCUCUCUCUCGCUGUCUCUGUCAUGAAUAAAUAAAAUCUUAAAAAAAAAGUUAAAUUUAAUUUUAUUUUUUCAGGAAGGGGUUUGAUUAUGAAGCAUUUUGGUCGUGUAAGUGGAGGUAUGAAUGAGUGUAGGUGAUUGAUUUCUGAGAACUAGACUCAGGCAGAGACAGAGAGGAAAGGGCACUCUGGCUUGGUCAUGGACAGGACUCCAUCCUAGCCAUGGACAGGAAGGAGAACUAUUGAGUUUGAAAUAAAGACCCUGAAAAGAGAAGUUGGGUCCCUAAAGAAACACUUUGUUUUCUUUACAGUUUUGACUGAGAAAACAAGCAGCUAAGGGUAUUGGGAUAUGGAGGCUUAUGAUUCCAAGAGGGGGUGUCGGGUGGAGAGACUUCCUGUGAGCAUACUGGGUAUUCAGACAUGAUGUUGUCUGGAGAACAGCUGACAGGCAGACUGUAAGAAAGAGUGUAGGACCUUUGGGUCUGCGGUUUGCUGUGAUGUCCUCAGACAAGACCGGCAGAGAUCUUAGGAAGUGGGAGGCAGCUUCCCAGAAGUGAUGUAAAAUGGUGGCGCAAAAGAGGCUGCUGAUGACAACAUGGGCAGGGCACUUCCUCAGAGGCCGCUGGUCACGGACAGCUUCUGGUCUUGAUUUCCCAAUGUGCUGUGCUGAGAUAGGGCUUUACCAGAAAGCAAAAUAAGCCAUGUCAAAAGCAAUGACCAAGCAUUUGGGGUGUCCACGCAAAGGUGCGAUUCCCAUUGCCCACUAACUUUGUAGAGCCAAAAUAGCUAAUCUAGAGGCUGCAGCAUGGCACCUGUGAUUCAGAUCUACAGCUUUUUUUGGCCUGAAUUCCUCCAAAGAGAGUCUUUCUAGUUGACCGUUCAUCAUCUUUCAUCUAGCAGUGCUUUCAAACAGCCUUUGUGAUCUGAACUCCCACAUCUGUUCUCCGCCAGGGAGUCUUUGACAGAAGCAACUAAAAUCUGAGUGCCUUUCCCAGCUCCUCACAGUUCAGUUCAGUUCAGUUCAGUUCAUGGAUGCCCUUCACCUUUGGGCUUCAACUUCUACUCUGUGCACGUUCUUACCCUAAGUCUAUUUUGUUUUGGCUCAAACUUUUAGUUUCAUUCAUGCUUCUGGGGUCCUUCCAGCACAUUUCCCUAGAAAGCUAUAUCCUAGGAAUGGUCUCCACCCCUCACCUCCUGAAGUUUGACAGAGUCUGGACCGCCCUCUUUACUGGAAUUAGUACAACUCUGUGAAUUUCUGGAUGUAAUACACCCCUUCAUCUUUCCCCAACCACCAUAGCCCCAUACAGAAGGUCCAGUGAUAUAGCUAGGUCUUCUUCUUUCUUCUUUCUUCUUUCUUUCUUCUUUCUUCUUUCUUCUCUUUCUUCUUUCUUUCUUCUUCUUCUUCUCCUUCUCCUUCUCCUUCUCCUCCUUCUCCUUCUCCUUCUCCUUCUCCUUCUCCUUCUCCUUCUCCUUCUCCUUCUCCUUCUCCUUCUCCUUCUCCUUCUCCUUCUUCUUCUUCUUCUUCUUCUUCUUCUUCUUCUUCUUCUUCUUCUUCUUCCUUUUUUUUUUUAAUAGCUAGGUCUUCUAAUCACCAGGAUUUGGGAGCCAGUGCCCCCAGCAGGGAGGGACUCUUGAAUAGGUGUACUGUACUGUGAGGGAGAGCUCUGUCCAUUACUCUGCCUCUCCUCCAUCUCACCUUUAUUUUGGCUUUUCCCUAAAAGGAUCAGACUCUGUCCAGUUGCCCUGCUUGGACCCCCUAGGCUUGUCUAGGACUAAAACUCUGCUGUCAACCCCUCACCAGGGACUGGGACUUUUGCUUUCCAGCCUCUCUCAGGCCAGGUCCCUUCUCUGAUACCAGAGAUUCCUCCCACCCGCCCACCCAUUCCCCCUACUAGAGACUUUCCUUACAUCUAGGCUUUGGUAGGUAGGGUCUUACCCAUGCACAGAUCUCCCAAUUGUUGACCACACUGAACUCUCCCUGCUACUCUUUGGGCGAAUUGGAUGUCAUGCUAGUCUGCUCAGCUGUACUUCUGGAACAAGCUACUUAGCUUAGUCGGGCCCUGUCCUGAAUUUCAUGCUAGUUCUCCAACUGCCUCUGCCUCAAAAACAGCUUUUAAUAUGCAUUUAUAAAGCUUCAAAAGAGAGAGAAUAUAACCUUUUCCAAACUUAGUUAACUAGAGAAUAUUUAUUUAUUUAUUUAACGAGCAUGUGUGAAAGCACAAGCAGGGGAAGUGGCACGCAGAGGGAGAGGGAGAAGAGGGUUCCCUGCUUGUGGGGAGGGACCCAUGGGAUCAUGACCUGAGCUGGAGGCAGACAAUCACCCAGGUGUCCUGAGAACAAUUAUUUUUUUUUGAAGUGGUAUUAAAAUCUCAUGGAGUAUGGUGUUUGGUGGAGCACAGUUUUGGAAAGUAUGAGGCUUUAUCCUAAAGGAGUAGAUCUCAAACUGAGGAAUUCCAGGUGAAGGUAAUGUGACAGUCAGUGAAAAAACAUUAUUUGGGGGUAGGAAAUCUCUCUUGGUCCUCUUCAUUCAGCACAUGCCUACUGAGCACCUAGUAUUUACCAGUCUUUCUGCUGGAAUCACAUCAUGUGUUUGACUACUUAACUGUAUGGCAUCUGUGUAAGGACAGCUGUGAUCUGGAGUGUAUGUGUAAGGUGGGGAGGAGGUAGGGAUUCUACAUUCUUUCUCCCACAUUUGAUUCUUCUUCCUCUUUCUUCCAGUUAAAACAGGAAAAAGGAAGUACUGAGUAGGGUGAUGUCAUCAGCUUCUGGAUCCAAGCAAGGCUUCUCUGAGGCUUCUUUCCCCAGGUUUGACCUCUUCUAGGAUUUCUCCAGCACUCCUGACCACCCCUUCCAUCUCACUCUGGGAGUAAUCAUCUCAGCAUCAGUUUCAAGUCUUAUUGCUAGUUCAGGAUUUUGACUUCACAUACAAGAUCAGUGCUAACUGGGAUGGAGCUCAUUUUUUAUGGAAUGAUUAUGACAUUGUAAACUUUGUACUUUCCCUAUGAAAUCCCUCUCUUAUAGCUCAGGGGUAGUCUAGAUGAUUACUUUUUUCAACUUUUCAGUGGAGAUAAACGCAUGCACUGUAGGCAGGGCAGUCUUGCCAGUGGAGAGCAUUUAAAUCUGACAGUGGGGGUGACCAGUUGCCUGGAGCUCUAGCUGACAGAACUGGUAACCAACCAAAGAGGAAACUAGUUAUUUCCUUUGUAUGCCAUUCUCUACCGGGACAGCCUGGAAAAGACCACUUGAAGUAGACAGAAAUCUCCAACUAAGACUUCUGAUUAAGAAAUUUUAGGUCCUUUUGAGAUCCUGGUGUGUGUAUGUGUCUUUACUAUCAUGAGUGAGAUCUUUGGUUGGCCAGUCUUUAACAGAGUUGGAUGACCUAAUCAUGAAACAAACUAUAUACAAAGGUUUAGCUUUGAUCUCACGCUUAGAUAUGAUGUUCAUCCAACAGCAUCUUCUACCCAUAGGCCCCACCUUAGGGGCCUUGGUCUAGGGUCCCUGUCCAUUUCUGCCACUUCCUCUGAAAUGCUAUGUUGUUUUUUUUUUUUUUUUAAGAUUUUAUUUAUUCAUGAGAGAGAGAGGCAGAGACACAGGCAGAGGGAGAAGCAGGCUCUCCAUGGGGAGCCCAAUGCAGGACUCAAUCCUGGGACUCCAUCCCAGGACUCCAGGAUCACACCCUGGGCCAAAGGCAGGCGCUAAACCACUGAGCCUCCCCCCACCCCCCAGGGAUCCCCUGAAAUGCUAUGGUUUUAACUGAAGAUCAGAGAGUGAGCUCACAGAAAUGUCAGAAGAGGGCUUGUAAUAGUCAUUUAGAGAUCUUCAGUAGAGCCAGUUAUUUGGUCCUUCUGUAGGUAUUUAUAAGUAUUGGCAUAUAAAACUGUAUGUAUGCUGUAGCUGUGAUAGCUGUAUAUGUAGCUAUAGGUGUGAUAACUGUAACUUUCUAUAAUCCUCCAGGGUCAUUAAUAGGCUUGCUUCUGCAUCAUUGUCUUCCCUGUUUUCCCACCAGGAAUUAAGUAGGCUCUGAAUGUAAUGUAAGAUGUUUAGAAUGUCCCUUCCUCCCUCCCUCCCUGUCUCACUUGUGCAUGUGCUCGCUCUCUCUUUCUCUCUCGCUUGGGUCCUUGUCUGCAAGGCAUCUCUAGUUGAACUUAAUAGAGAAGUUAACAAAUAGGAAAAAAAAGGACAAUUAAAGGUUACACCGAGGUUCAGAUUCUAGGUAAAAUGGAAGUUUUGGAAAGGAAUCACCUGAGAGCUAAAACCUUGGGAGAAAGUUUCAUGGAAGAGAUGAUUGUUGAUUAAGGACACACUAAGUAAGGUAGGGACUGGAACACCCCGACGGGAGCAUGUGGAGUGGGGAAGGAAUGGGGUAAAAUCCUCAGAUUAUUUCUUGUGCAAGCAGAGUAACUGGUACCUCCCCCACUGGUCUCUUCUGUAAAUCACACUGAACAUCAUGUAGUUUGGUCCUUUUUAAAGAUUUACUUAUUUAUUUAUUUACUCAUUCAUUCAUUCGAGACACAGAGAAAAAGGCAGAGACACAGGCAGAGGGAAAAGCAUACCUCCUGCACGGAGCCUGAUGCAGGACUUGAUCCCGGGACCCCAGGAUCACGAUAUCAGCCAAAGGCUCAACUACUGAGCCACCAGGUGCCCCAGUUUGGUCCUGCUUUUUUUUUUUUCUUUUAAGAUUUUAUUUAUUUAUUUAUUCAUGAGAGACACAGGCAGAGACAGAGAAGCAGGCUCUUCACUGGGAGCCUGCUAUGGAACUUGAUCCCCAGACCAGGAUCACACCCUGAGCCACCCAGGUGUCCCAAGUUUGGUCCUUUUUAAAAGCUUCUGAAGAUUGAGUAUCUUAAUGUAACCCAUUAGUUAGCUGGAACCAUCUUUUCCCCUAAAAAUUUGGCUCAAAGUGUCAUUCUACAGAUUGUAGAGUCUGAUUCCUUCACCCAGAUUCUUCACAUUCCUAGGAGCUCAUGUAUUUAUGGUCAUUCUAAUUUUGAGCUCUUGCUUCCACUAAAUUAGUUCAGAUUAUAGAUGGUCUUACUGUCUCAAGCAUGCUGUCUCUGUUUCCAUCCACAUUCACCCAGAUGUAGAGCUCAAAUAUCUCCCAACUAAAGCCUGUAAGUGUAUAGCAGACUUUAUUAAAGAUUUAGGAUAAUGGAGAGUGUUUUACAUUGCCGGAAAGCAGCAACUUGAAUUCUAAUACUGGCUAUCCCUAUCCCUUAAAGUAUUUUUUUGUCUAUAUCUCCAUUAGGGAUUCAUCACUAUAUAUAUCACCCAUGUGCCUAUGGCUUUGGUCUCUUUUAAUCAUUCCUCUGCAAACUUUCCUAACUCUGUUGCCACUAAAUAUUCCCGAUACUACUUCCUCUGUUAUGCAAAGCAGUUGAAUUCUACUCUGUUUUCCAAACUUACCUCCAUAUGUCCAAAGCCCACUGAAAUGGUUCUGCUGAGUAAAAAUUCAUCCACUUUAGCCAUACAAAGUAUUUUUAGAACCUCUGAUAUGUUCUUUUAUGUUAUUUCUCUCCUUUGAAAACAUUUCUUGUGUGGGGCACCUGGGUGGCACAGUCAGUUAAGACUCUUGGUUUCAGCUCAGGUCAAGAUUGCAGGUCAUGAUCUCAGGGUUGUGAGACUGAGUCCUGUGUCAGGCUCCAUGCUCAAUGUGAAGUCUGCUUGAAAUUCUCUCUCCUCCCACUCCCCCUCCCGCUCACUCUCUUUCUCUAAAACAUAAAUAAAUAUUUUUUAAAAAACA